UCCAACUCUGCAUCACACCUCGAUGUUUCUCGUCUCCUCCGCCAAACAUCCAGUUGGUUCUCGCGCCUCGCCCGCCGGUCUUCAAAUCCAAUUUCUGACUUCACGAGAGCUCGCCUGACCUCUUCCCUUCCUGUGCUUCCCUCCCUCCGCUUUCCCCAAACCGCUCCCUGCUCAAAUCCAUCGCUCCCUGUAAAAUCUUCUGCUCCCAAUGGAGUUCUUUGCUGCCACUGGUGAGGACGACGACUCCAUCGACACUUCCAACCUACCGGCCAAACAAGCAUCCUGGGAGUUAUCCCCCCAAGCUAGCCGCUCCAUGGGUGUCCCUGGAGCUCAUCUUCAAAGGGCUGCUGCAAACUUCAAUAGCUUCGACCUCAACUCUGAGGCCCCAAACUAUGGAAGCUUCACUCAAUUAGUUCUUUCUCCAUCCAUCCCCAAUCCAGAUCUCGAGUUUGGAGCAGGUCGGCGUGGCAAGGUAGCUGGUCAGCACUCUGUGUCUCCAAGCCAUGCUGCGGCACCGCAAAAAUCUUGCAGAGUGGACACCACAUCUGUUGCUAGAAAUCCCAUAACCAUGGGCGCACAUGGCGGGCAUCACCGUUCUGUGGCAUCUCUUCGUGGUGCCAAGGCGUCCAGACUGCACCCUGAAAUUGGUAGCAGGCAUGGGAAUCUUGGUGUAGGUGCAAGUUCCAAUGUCACAGCACCAUCCUUGGCAGACACAGACCACGCACAAGACAUGGAGGACGAAGUGGUUAUCGAUGCAUUUUCAAAUGGGGAGCACUAUGACAAGGCUAACUGGAAUUCCGAGAACACUAAUGUGUUCUGUGACCUGUGUGUUGAGGAGAUGCGCGCUGGGAAUCAUAGCAAUGGUUUUCUAACAGCGAGAGCUUACAAAAACAUAGCUGAGAAGUACUUCUUGACCACGGGGUUGCGACACUCUAGGCAGCAAUUUAAGAAUAGGUGGCAAGCCUUGAAGAGAAUGUAUAAUUUCUGGCUGUGGGUGAACAAACAAACAGGUCAAGGCUCUGUUUUUGACGAUGACGCAUUUUGGGAAUCCAAUACUAAGGGACAAUCCGAGUGGAAGAAGCUUAGGUACGCCCCCCCUGAAUGGAUCGAUCAAUUUGAAAUCAUGUUUCAGCAUGUGGCUGUUGAUGGAUCAUCUGCAUGUAUUCCUGGAGAGCAGAUUUUCAAUAAAGGUGGUUGUGGUGACAAAAAAGAUGUCGAUGGCAGAAAAAGAGUUGGGCAAAGCAGCAUAUGUGCUACCAGUCCACAGAAGAAAACAAAGAGCCCUAUGGUGAGGAUCAUGAAGGGAAUAUGGGAGACAAUGCAAAAGAACGCAGCGGCCACACAGAAGGCAGUGGAUGGUGAUGUGCAAUCAGAUUCGAUCAAAAAAGCCAUGUCCUUGGUUGUAGAGUGCGGAGCACCAGAGGGGAGUGCAGAGCAUUUCAUGGCCAGCCAGCUGUUUGCGAAAUCAGCCUAUCGUGACAUCUUUUUUACCUUAACAACCAAGGAGGGAAGGCUGGCUUGGUUGAGGAGGUGGUGUCAGUCAAGGAAUGUCUAUUAGUUCGUAUGCUAGUCAUGUGUAUGCAAGUUUAAAUUGUGUGUUUAUGGAUGGUAGUUGUAUAUUAGUUGUUGGAUGUGUCUGCUUUUGGUUAGGAGUAUAAAACCUCUUCAAACUAGCUGAGAUUGCUUUUGGGUUGUAAGAUAAAACAUGUGCUAGUGGAGUAAUGGUUACUCAUGGCUAGUCAACUAGUAGUGGCUGCACAUAAUGUACAUAUGACGUUGCAAUAAAUCGUACUAUUAUCUGUACAUAUUAGAUUGUAGUUGCUAUUUGUGUUACAUGUACAAUGUGUAUGUCUAACUGAUAUAGGAUGUAAUGUUCCUUUUCAGAUGGACUCCAGUUCAUCUGAUGAAGAAGAUAUAAGAAUCAAUUUCGCACUGCAGCAAGGAAGUCUCAUACAACAAUAUGGGGCAAUAGCGUGUCUAUUUGGUGCGUACUACAACGAUAAAUUUAUGAACAAAUCUAUGCAGAGACAACCUAAAGUAACUGGUAUGGAGUGGGUUAUGACAACCAUGAGAAAUUCUGUAUCAUGCUUCAACAUGUUUAAGAUGAGCCGAGAGAUAUUUGAUAGGUUGCAUUGUUUGCUAGUGGCUUCAUAUGGCUUGAAGGGGACAAGUAAGAUGAGCUCUGUUGAGGCAUUAGCAAUGUUCUUAUGGAUAAUUGGAGCACCACAGUCUGUUAGACAAGCGGAUAAUAGAUUUGAGAGGUCCACUGAAACAGUCAGUCGGAAGUUUGAUGAAGUUUUGGAGUGUAUGUACCGUCUCUCAGCCGAUAUCAUAAAACCCAAAGAUCCAGAAUUUAGGACAGUGCAUCCUAAACUACGUGUUGCUCAUUUUUCACCCCACUUCGAUAAUUGCAUAGGUGCCCUUGAUGGCACACAUGUUCCAGUUGUAGUUCCUGCGCCAAAAUUGCUUCAAUAUGUGGGAAGGCAUGGAUAUGCAUCACAAAAUGUGUUGGCUAUUUGUGACUUUGACAUGCGCUUCACCUUUGCUGUCGCGGGAUGGCCUGGAUCAGCACAUGACAUGCGUGUUUUCAACGAUGCAAUUCGAAAGUAUGGCGAUAAGUUUCCUCAUCCU